CUCUGAUCUCAUCCCAAAAAUUGAAACCCGUUUCACUCACUCAAAUUGGACAGCAUGAAGCGGCAGAUGAUAGAAACAGAGGAGAGGGAGAGGAGAGAGAGGCAGAGAAUUGAAAGAGCAGAGAGAGCACAAAGGAGAAAUGUGAGAAGUGAGACUUGCCUAUCAGCUGUUCGACAAAAUGCCCAAACUAAUACUAAUGACUACAAAGACAUAAUUAGCAAUCUACCGGACUCCCUACUCUGCCACAUCCUCUCCUUUCUCCCAAUCCGUGACUCUGUCUCGACAAGCAUUUUGUCGAGCAGGUGGAGGCCACUCUGGACUCUUGUCCCUGUUCUUUACUUGGACCAGAGAGAACUUGGAGAAGAAUUGUUUGAUGAAAGCAAUGGGAAAUUUAAGUUUGUGGAUAUAGUGUCUAGAAUCAUGACUGUUCGAAAGAAUCGAAACACCAUUUCCAACCCCAUCCCCCCACUACACAAAUUGUGCAUUCAUUGGUAUUACAGGUGUCUUCCCUUCUAUGUCGACAAAUGGGUCCAUGCCACCAAUAUGUGUGAUUUGCGAGAGCUUGAUCUCCACCUACGUACUUCUUCGCGUCAACCUAUGGAGUUGCCCCGUAGUCUCUACUUUUCUUCUACAUUAGUGGUUCUGAAAUUGGAGUUUGCAAUUCAUCUCAAUUCUCCUUCUGCUUUUGUUCUCCCUUGUCUCAGGGUUCUACAACUAAAAUGUGUUACAUUUGCAAACUGCGACUCUCUCUCCACCAUCCUCAAUGCCUGCCCGGUUCUUCUAGAUUUGACCCUCCAUGUAGAUGAUAAAUACUUGAGAAAUUUGAACGAUUUCAAUGUCAUUGUACUUGUAGGUACGCUAAAAAGAUUACAUUUAAGUUGGAAUGUUCUGCCUUUGUCGAAGUACAGAUUCCAGAUAAACACCCCAGCUCUCGAGUACUUUCAUUUCGACGGUUAUUUGAGCGGGGAUGAUGUGUUGGAAAACCUCCCAAACGUGGUUGAAUCUGUCAUUCAAAUUGAGGAUUGUGAUUCAGUUAAUGAUUAUGCAAAGAGAGUAUGGGAUUUCAUGGGAAAAAUCUGCAAUGUUAUAUCCAUGGAAUUGACCACAAUUACUGGACAGAUCCUCUGCCAUGGUUUUAAUCAUGAAAAUAGUCCCACAUUUCAUAAUUUGUCCUCCUUGAAGUUUUGUGGUGACCUUUGGUAUGAGUGGUAUGCGUGGCAUGUAGUAUGGCUCUUGCUUUGUUGGGCUCCAGGGCUACAAACACUUGUCAUUGAACAUUCAUCCUGGCUUGGCUAUCUUAAUAAACGUAACCCUUUCUUGGAGGAGCCACUCGAUGUUCCUGAAUGUAUGUUAUCGCACCUUACAACUUGUGUUUAUAAAGGAUUUGGGGGGUAUGAGAACGAGAUGGAACUUGUUAGACAAAUCCUGAAGGCAGCAAAAGUACUAAAGAUAAUGAAAAUCACUGUUUCAAGUUAUCCAAUCUUAGAGAAUAAGCCUCAUUUUCGCAAGGAAUUGAGCAAGUUUUACAGGGGCUCUCAGAAAUGUCAAUUUGUAUUUGACGAAGGACAUUUCAUAUGAAAUGGCAUGUUGGUUCGUCCCUCUUGGAUAUUGCAUGUCACGUGAUUUGCUAUAAUAUCUUGUGGUAUGGGUAUAUGCCUAUAUGCAUAUGUAAU